AUAUGUCAUCUUUCAAGAAUUAGAGCGAGUUAGAUGAUCGAAAUUUUUCAAUCAUCAAUAAAAAUAAAUAGAGGAAUAAAAGGAUUGUGAUUGAAGCAUAACUAUAUGAAAAACUUAUGCUAUUGUGAGACGCACUCUAGUACAACUAUUCACCUCUUCUUCAUGUUGAUUUUUAAUACUGUACAUAAUUUUUAUGCUAAUAGUUAAAAUUAUCAAAAUGAAACAUUUUAUAUCCAUUAUGAAGUUAAUGGUGAAAAUAAUUUAUCUUAAUCAACAGAUGGAGUAGUUAUUUCUUUUGGUAAUAUAGAAUGUACUAGAUAUAUGACCGAGUAGUAAAGAUUAUAAUCGCUACUAUUUUGUAUAAUUUGGCAAUAAUAUGGUGAUGGCAGGAAAUGAAGGUGCGCCAGGAUCUUUGGCAGAAGAUUCGUUGUCUGCAAGAUUACAAUGGCUUCGUCAACGGCGUGAAGCACUACAAGAAAAACUAGCUCUGAAAAAUACUGAAUUAAAGAAUCUUUGUAUAGAAGAGGCAGAGUUAACAGGAGUUUUGCCACCAGAGAUACCACUGGAGCCUGGAGAAAGUCCACCUACUUUUCGUAAAAAAGUUGGCACAGCAUUUACGUAUCCUCAGAAUUUAAUCAACAAAUUAAAAUCAAAUGAAGCUCAGGAAGAAUCUGCUCUAGAAUUAGAGCGGCAAGUUCAAAUUGGUAUAGUGGAAGCUGCCUUAGGAAUUGUUAAUGAUCCUGCAGAAAGCAAAGCUGUACGCCGAAAGCAUAGAUUGGUUUAUCAACAAGGUCAAAGAAGAUUACAAGAAUUGGAAGCACGUUUAAAUUCUAUACGUCAAUCUCGUAAUAAAACACAUCGUACAGGACAAUAUCAACAUACAAUGACAUGUAAUUCUCAGUCACAUUUGCAAAGCAAUGUCAAGCAUAGAACAAAGAAGCCUCGACCACCUCUUGACAGCACAGGAAAUGAAAGUUGUUUGGUCUCUACAAGAGCCAUUACUCAAGAAGAAAAUGUUAAUCUAAAUUUGAUAGGAACAGAACAAAAAUAUCCUGGAUAUGAGGAACAUCUUCCAUUCACGAAUGUUUAUCAUCAUACUCAUGAUACUGGUUUUUCUUCUACAAGUCCUGUUGACCAACGACAAAAUAUUAAAACAUCAGAGAAUGAUUUUAAUGAGAAUCAUAAUAUUUAUAUUUUACCUGAUCAAUAUCGUACUCGUACGUAUUCUCAUGGUAGUGGUGGUACACGUAAUCAAAAUCAUUAUCAGGAUAAUAAUCGAGUAUAUCGUACCGUACCGAACACGUAUAGUGAAGAAGAACGUCAAAUAAGAUAUCGUCAAUUUCAACAACAACAACAAAAACAACACGAAUUACAAGAAGAUUUUUAUAAUCAUCAGCAAUAUGCAGAAUAUAAACAGCUUGAUAGCGAAGUUCAACGAAAAUCUAAUCAACUAUAUUAUGAUAGAGAAUUUCGUUCAUCUCAUCAUGUACAUACGCCAGAGUAUCAAUUACAUUAUAAAAAUCAAUCACAGUCAUGGCAAAGAAAAGAUCGUGACAUGUCUACUAAUAGAAAUUUGAGAUCUAUGGGACCACCUGUUGAUUCACAUAUGCCUCCAGGAUGUUGGAUGCGUUAUGACGAAGAAAUAAUUUGGUGUCCUGAUGAACAACUUGUGUCAGAUAGAUUUGGCAGCCUCGAUCGUAGAAAACGAAAUGGAGUGCAACAUGUAGGAAAUAUAAACGCAGAUACACAAUCCCGAUAUCGAACAGUAACGAUUGGAGGAUCUAAAAAUUCUGUACCUGCUGUAUCCUACCCACAACCUACUAUUCAUUUAUUACCUUUAUCAGAACAAACACAAGUCAACAAUAAAAUUCUCCUACGUACUCAGUCUUUAGGAAGUGUAGAAACAUGGCACUCCAAUCGAUCGCAGGAAUCACAAGAUGAUAAGGAUACUACUGAUAAUGUUAGCCGUAAAGGAAAAGAAAAAGAAUGGUACGAAACGUCUUUAGAUUCAGGUACAAGUCCUGCAUUAGACCCAAGCUUAUUAAUUACACAUAAAGCUAUGCACUGCCAAUCAAGCUCACCUGUAUCAUGUGCAAAAGAUAGCGGUGUCAUUAAUACUGUUAAUGAUACUGCAAAAAAUAUUCAUUCAAAUUUGCAAGGACGUUGUAAGUUGGAAACAUCUAUUCAAGCACAAACGCAUUUACAACCAACUCCUAUUCGUUAUGAGCAUCGGCGGCCUAAAGUACUUGAAAUUCCUGCAGAAUCAAGAAAAAUACAGGAAAACAAUGAUGAAGCAAUUCUUAUAAGAUCUCCUCAUAAUUGUACCAUAGUACAGGCAGGAAAAUAUCAGCCUUAUAGAGAAGUUACUAAACCUUUUGAAAUGUCCGACUUUUAUAAAUAUUCGACUAAAUUUCGGAAACGAAAUGAAAUUUCUGGGCAAACUUCAUCAAAUGAGAAUUGUUUAGAUUCCUAUGUUGGAGAUCUUGCUGGCUCUACCGAUUUACAAAAAGAAUCUAAUUCUUCUAAUUAUGUACACAAUGGUAACCUCACUAGUCCAGUACAAAAAAAGAUCUACCAACCUGUUGAACGUAUGACCUGUCAGCCUUAUUUAACGAGUUUAAGAUAGCUUUAUUAUAGAAUAUUGAAAAAUAUUGAGAGAAGAAAAUAUGAUAUAUUCAUAUUUUCUUAUUAUAAUAAUGUAUAUAUAAUAUUGCAAUUUAUAACUCAAUUAGAAGGAUAAGGCAAACAGAAUUUGCUUAAAUAGCAAUUUUAUAAUACGAUUUUUUUUCACUAUACAAUGUUUCAUUUAAAGAUAUAAUAGUUAUUGCCUUUAAAAUAAGUGCAAUUAUAAUGUCUUAUAAUAUAUAUAUUAUAUUAUAGUACACACACACACACACAUAUACACACACAGUAAUAUGCAAAAGAAUGAAAUAUUAUAAAUUUAUAUUGAAAUUAGAACGUACAAAAAUUUUGUAUUGAAAAAAGUGAUAAAUUUGUUAAUUUAUAAUCUAUAUAACGACCUGAAUAUGAUGACCUGAAUAUAGUGCCUUAUUAUCUUUUUAAUAUGCAUAUUUACGCACAAAACAUAUGUUAUUAAUUCUUGGUACUUAAAGCUAUUAAUUAGAAAAUUCUUUUAUUAAAAAAAAAAGAAAAUUUCUAAACUAUUUCUGUUUGCAUUACAAGUAUUAUUGUAAUUCAGCUGAGAAAUAUAUGUAAAUAUAUUAAUAGUAAAAAUCUUGUAAAAAUUUAUCAUGUUAUAUACAUCAUAAUAAUAUAGAUAACAAAUAGCAUACACGAGAAAUUGUUACUAAGGCGUUUAAAUUUUUAUUUGUAUUACACAAAUCAUAAUAGAGUGAUGCUGAAAUCAAAUAAAUAUAUAUAUAAAAUAUUAAUACAUAAUAUUAUAAUAAUAUUUAAUCAAACUUUUAAGUGCCUACAUUUAUAAAUUUAAGAGCCAAAGACUCUAAGGAAGACUAUGUAUCAAAUAUAAUAAUUUAUCUUUUUUUAUAUCUAUGUGUCUACGUGAAUAUAACGUCCACACAUAAAUAAUUUAUAUAAUAUUAAUGUUGCUAAAAUUAAAGGUAUAAAAUAGUAUAGCAAUAUCUUGAUAACUAUUUCACAUAAAUUUACAUAAACUAAUUUUAUUUCAGAAUUUUUAGCAAUAUUCACAAUUGUC